AGAACGGAAGGAAGUUUUUCGCUCGUUAUUUCCGCUCGUGGCGGUAAACAUGGCAGAGUGAUUCGAUAAAUUACAGUAUGUUAGUUUAUAAAACUGAUCUUGAGAAACCUAUCGAACAAAGACUAUAAUAGUUCCCCUGACUUAAUGCUUGAAGGGGAGCGGUGUCCCACACAGCUUUUUUAAGUAUCAAGGUAAGAGAAGACAGUACUGAGCCAUGGGGCGGCGAUCCACAUCUUCCACCAAGAGUGGGAAGUUCAUGAACCCCACAGACCAGGCCCGGAAAGAGGCGAGGAAGCGGGAGUUAAAGAAGAACAAGAAACAGAGGAUGAUGGUAAGAGCAGCUGUUCUGAAGAUGAAAGAUCCCAGACAGAUUAUCAGAGACAUGGAGAAAUUGGAUGAAAUGGAGUUUAACCCCGUACAACAGCCUUUGCUGAAUGAUAAAGUUUUGCGUGAUAAGAGGAAAAAACUUCGUGAGACGUUUGAGAGGAUUGUUCGCCUGUACGAAAGAGAAAAUCCUGACACUUAUAAAGAACUGCGCAAACUGGAACUGGAGUACGAAAGCAAACGUGGACAGCUCUCUCAGUAUUUUGACUCAGUCAAGAAUGCAGAGUCAGUGGAGGUGGACAGUAUUCCAUUACCAGAGAUGCCACAUGCUCCCUCCAGUGUGUUGAUUCAGGACAUUCCACUGCCCGGAGCACAACCGCCCUCCAUCCUAAAGAAAAGUUCAGCAUUCAGUAAAGGUUCUGCAUUGUCAUCAGCAGCAGUCGCUGGGGUUCCUCGGUUACCACCUGGACGCAAACCCCCCGGGCCCCCACCGGGCCCCCCCCCACCUCAGAUACUACAGCUCUAUGGCAACCGUAGAGCAGAGGCAGAUGUUUCUGCUGAGGCUGAGCUGAUGGACGUGGCUGAGCAUGAGAGUGACAGCGGCACAGAUGAAGAUGAAGAGGGUGGUGAGGAAGAGAGUGACUCGGACGAGGUCAGUGAUGGAGAGAGGGAAGACCUGCAGGACAAGAGGAGUGCAGGCGAGCGUCAUGAUGAGAGGGACGAUGAGAGAGAGAGGGGGAGGACUGUACGAUUUGCUGAUAUGCCACUACCUGUGAAGAGGAGGAAGAAGAGGGUCGUGAAGAAAACAAAGGCCAUUACUCCUUUACAGGCCAUGAUGCUGCGGAUGGCAGGGCAGUCUGUCCCAGAAGAGGAGGAGGAGGAGGAAGAGGAAGAGUACACAGAUUCUGAACAGUCUGACAGUGAGGAACCAGGCACCCCCAGUGACACCCCAUCUGCCCAAACAUUAGCUAGACUUCCUCCACCAUCUGCACCAAUGGGAACACAGCAGCCGCCGCUCCACUUACAGGCUCCACCAAUUGCAGGACCUCCUCCUUUAGGGCCACCUCCAGCUCCUCCAAUGAGGCCACCAGGCCCGCCCUCAGGACCGCCCCCUGGUCCACCUCCUGGUGCACCACCCUUCCUAAGGCCUCCUGCUAUUCCAGGUGGUCUGAGAGGACCAAUGCCACGUAUGCUGCCUCCAGGCCCGCCCCCUGGCCGUCCCCCAGGUCCGCCCCCAGGUCCGCCCCCUGGCAUGCCCCCUGGCCCGCCCCCAAGAGGACCUCCACCAAGACUACCACCCCCUGCCCCACCAGGGAUUCCUCCACCUCCUCCUCGUGCCGUCCCCCCUCGGAUGGUUCCACCCUUAUCCAUGUUCCCACCUCCUCUGAACCCCAACGUGCUGAGUGCUCCUCCCAGCAUUGUCCCCCGUCAGAAACCCCCUUCCAACAGCUCCAGCGAGGGCUCGGGUGCUCCCAUGAUGCCCACACCCUCUCUCCCUCUGUCCAUGCGGGCCUCUGGCCUGCAGAUGCCACCCCCUCCUGGCACCACCCCCGCCCCCGCCAACCCGCCGGGCCACAGUCACACCAUAGAGAAGCGUGCCAAUAUCACUAGCAUGCCCACCCUCUCCAGUGCAGCGGGCCAGUCGGGCACUGCCACCAUCUCCGCCAAACCACAGAUCAUCAACCCCAAAGCUGAGGUCACACGCUUCGUCCCUACGGCCCUGCGUGUGCGAAGAGACCGCACUGGCCAGCAAGGGGCAGCGGCUGGGAUGGUGACAGAGAAAGGAGGGAGGAGGGAGGAGCAGAGAGGAGGGCAGGGCCAGAAACCACAGGCCAAUGCAAACUCUGCCCAGCCGGGUUCCAGCUCUGGCCCCCCUAGCAUGAAGACGAAGGACCAGGUAUACGAAGCUUUCAUGAGGGAGAUGGAGGGACUGCUGUGAGAUGGGGCGGGGCUAAGAAAGGUGAAAGGUUAUUCGAAGGGCUAAGGGUAAACUGAGAAGGCCUGGUUUGGAAUGUCUGUGGGGGACAAAUUAGACAUAUUUGUAGAAUGUGUUAGUGUUCGUUGCUUCAGUUGUAUUUGCAGUCAUUACCAGGAAUCCAAACAGCAUUUUUAUAUUAAGGCAGUUUGGAAGUUUUAUGUAAGAUGUUCUGGAAGCGGAGUCAGGGGAGAUGGAGGAGUUAUGUGGUGGAUAUAUUUCUGUCUGAACCUUAAAUAAACAUUACUCCCAGCUUCA